AUGAGGAAAAAAAACAUGAAAAAACUUUGCUACCUCGAUUCAAAGGGGGCCCUUUAUUCCAAUGGCAUAAAACGAUAUGAUCAAGAAGAAAAUAUGUGGGCAAAAGAUUAUAUACCAAAUUAUAGUUUAGUUGAAAAUUGUAAUGAGCUUCAAACUAUACUAAACAAAGAAGAAGAAACAUACAGAUCUAUAAAAAGGGAAAUGAAUACAUUAGUUAAAAAGAAAGAUCUGUUAAACUGGAAUAUAUGCAAUCAUACUAAAAAAUUAAGUAUGAAAAGAAGUGAAAAAAAAUUGAAAGUAGAGACAAAAAAUAAAUUAGAAGCUAGAUUAAAAGAAUUAAAAAACAAAACAAAAAUGUAUAAAUUUGAAUAUGAUACUUUAGAAACUGAAGUUAAUAAAAUGGAAGAAGAUUUAGAAAAAAAAAUGGAUCUUAAAAGUGAAAUAGAAGCUAAGUUUAAUCGUUGUUUAAAUAAAAAAGAUGAAUAUUUAAAAGAUAUUACAAAAGAAAGAGUAGGUGCAUUUAAGGAACGAAAAAAAAGACAAAUUCAACUUCGAAAAUUAUUACUUGUUAUCAAGCAGGAAAAUAAUAAAAAUUACAAUAUUGAUUAUCUCAAAAAAUAUGAAAAAAAUUUAAUGGAUGAAAUUACCAGUUACAGAAAUUACAAGACAUUUGAAACGAAUGCGGCAAUGAAUUUAAUUAAAUUGCAUACUCCUAACGACGCAAAAAUAGGGUAUUGA